CGCCUCGACUCUCAGGACCGUUAACGGCAGAACGGCGAAGAGAAGGGCCGGGGGAGAUUCUGCCCGGAGACUGGUGACGUCAGGGAGGAAGGCGGAUUCCCAUUGGCGGGUCUCGGGAAUGACCGUUAACGGCAGAACGGCGAAGAGAAGGGCCGGGGGAGAUUCUGCCCGGAGACUGGUGACGUCAGGGAGGAAGGCGGAUUCCCAUUGGCGGGUCUCGGGAAUGACCGUUAACGGCAGAACGGCGAAGAGAAGGGCCGGGGGAGAUUCUGCCCGGAGACUGGUGACGUCAGGGAGGAAGGCGGAUUCCCAUUGGCGGGUCUCGGGAAUGACCGUUAGCGGCAGAACGGCGAAGAGAAGGGCCGGGGGAGAUUCUGCCCGGAGACUGGUGACGUCAGGAAGGAAGGCGGAUUCCCAUUGGCGGGUCUCGGGAAUGACCGUUAACGGCAGAACGGCGAAGAGAAGGGCCGGGGAGAUUCUGCCCGGAGGCUGGCCGGAGAGAGAGCGAGAGGAAGAGGAAGGAGGAGGAGGUACUUUCUGAACAAAUCUUGUGAAUAACACCUUGUGAGAGCCUUGCCCUCGGGAUGCCAUAAGCCUAAAAUGACUUGAAGGGACACAGCACUGACGAGAACAAGAAAUACGUAGAAGAAAGAUAUACUUCAAGCUCUUUACUGUGUAAUUAAGGGAGAAAGCGAAGAUUGUGCUCCAAAAAGAAGGACUUGGAGAAAGACUAGAAGGUUACAGCAAUAUAAACACCAAGAAGAGAAAAGUCUGGACUUCAUAGCUGUGAAGUUCUGGCAUAAUACUUUAAUCAUAAAUUUAAAAGAAUGGAAAAUCUUCUACAUCCGUAUUCCACAUCACACACAGGGGUGAAGGUACAUAAGUGUAUGGACUGCGAGAAAUGUUUCAUUGAGAGAAGUUCUCUUACUAAACAUCAACGAACUCACACGGGAGAGAAGCCAUAUAAAUGCAUGGAAUGUGGGAAGAGCUUCAGUCAGAGUCACAAUCUGUGUACUCACCAGAGGACCCACACUGGGGAGAAGCCAUACCAGUGCAUGGAAUGUGGAAAGAGCUUCAGUCAGAGUAGACAUCUGUACAUUCAUCGGAGGACCCACACUGGGGAGAAGCCCUAUCAAUGCAUGGAAUGUGAAGAAAGCUUCAGUCAGAUUGGAAAUCUGUUUACACAUCAGAGGACCCACACGGGGGAGAAGCCACAUAAAUGCACGGAAUGUGGAAAGAGCUUCAGUUACAGUGGGGACCUGCGUUCCCACCAAAGGACCCACACAGGGGAGAAGCCAUAUCAAUGCCGUGAAUGUGGAAAGAGCUUCAGUCAAGUUGGACAUCUCCGUUCCCACCAAAGGACCCACACAGGAGAGAAGCCGUAUCAAUGCGUGGAAUGUGGAAAGAGCUUCAGUCAGAGUGGACAUCUCCAUUCCCAUCAAAGGACCCACACAGGAGAGAAGACCCAUAAAUGCGUGGAGUGUGGAAAGAGCUUCAGUCACAGUGGAGACCUGCAUUCCCAUCAAAGGACCCACACAGGAGAGAAACCACACAAAUGCAUCGAAUGUGGAAAGAGCUUCAGUCUGAGUGGAAAUCUGCGUUCCCACCAGAUGAUCCACACAGGGGAGAAGCCAUAUCAAUGCAUGGAAUGCGGAAAGAGUUUCAGAAAAAGAUCGGCAUGCAUUAGACAUCAGAAAACUCACACACGCCUAAAGGAAGAGACCUUACUUUAAGCUUUCUAGCUCUCUUAAAAAGAGCCUUACAAAGUCCAUCCCUCCAUUGGUGGACAAAGAACGGGAGAAUGGAAGGAAAGAAGAAGGCUGCCACCUUGAGCUCCAUCUUUCAUGGACAGCAAUUUGUGUGACCUUGGUCGACUACUUCUGAAGGCAGGUGUUUUCACAGUAUUGCAACACGUUUGGAAGGGAUUGGCUUGACCUCUUCCUUCUCAAGGAAAGCAUCAGAGGCCUUUGGGAUUAUGUGUGAAGGCUUCUGAAAUGAGCAGCAGUUGAGACCGUACCGUAAACGGGUUCUGGAGAAGAAUGGCUCCUUGGUAAGUGAUAACUGUCGAUGUGUGAAAGGCUAAUCGAGAUUUAUUCACCUUCUCCCAUCUCAAUUCCUCUCCUUCCAAAGACCUGCCAAUCUGUCCAGUCUCGCAGAAAAUAAACUCUCAUCAGUCAGAUGUCAGCCGAUCCCAGCGGUUCAGAAACUUUAUUAAAGUUAUUUACAGCUAUGUACACAAGCACAGCUAACACACAUGUUCGGCAGAAUUGAUGGCGACCAGCGAAGGAGCUUAUCAGUAAAAAUUGUCUCCUCCCACAUUCCAUUAUUUAUUUACUACAUUUAUAUUCUGCUCUUCUCACCUCGAAGAGGACUCAGAGCGGCUUACAAAUCAAAUGAACAUACAAUAUAUUAUUAGCAUAGCACAAUAUGAGCAUUAAAUUACUAUACUGGACUAUAUUAUUAUAUGGUAAUAUUACCAGUUACUUAUGUCCGGUUACGUAGCAGAAGCUAAAUCAAUGUCGCUCUAGGCAGUAAAUCUACUUCUAUGCACUUAACCAUUCCUCUGCUGGAAUGCUUACCGAAGCCUUGUAGCCUGAAAGCCUAGCUUAUUCCUCCCUGGGGGAAUCUUUUGUUGGGAGGUGUUAGCUGGCCCUGAUUGUUUCCUGUCUGGAAUUUCCCUGUUUUGAGAGUAUUGUUCUUUAUUCACUGUCCUUGUUUUAGAGUGUUUUAAUGGUGGGAGCCAGGUUUUGUAAUCAAACCCCUCCCUGCGCCAUCACCGCCUCUGCGCAGGCGCAAGAUGGACACCAUUUCUCUUGCAGUAGUGUGUCUUCAUUAUGUUUUUCCCUUUUUCUGCAUGCUGGAUGGGGAUGGGGUAAGCGGGAGACUUUUUUUUCAUGGUCACUCCUUGGAUAGUGGUGAGAUUUGUUUUGUUGUUUACACGGUCCUACAAACAUAUAUUACAUUAUAUAUAUAUAUAUAUAUAUAUAUAUAUAUAUAUAUAUAUAUUUCAAGACUUCUGCCUUAUAGGUAAAGAUGGCCUUGGAUUCCCUUGUGUUUAAUAAAUAAUAUCUUGUUUGCUGUGUCAUAAAAUAAAAUAAUAAAUAUACUAACAUUGGAAUGAUACAGAGAAGUUUAGCAUGGCCCCUGAGCAAGGAUGACACGCAAAUUAAUGAAGCAUUCCAUAUUUUUUAUUUGUUGUUCUGUGUUGUUUUUGGUUGCUAUUAUUACUUUGUUGUAUUUUUUUGCUGUAAGUCGCCCCGAGUCCCUUUUGGGAAAGGGGGUGGGAUACAAAUAAAGCAUUGUUGUUGUUGUUGUUGUUGUUGUAUGAACAAAUUAAGUUGUUCAAGGAAAUUACAAGAUUGGGACUUACUAAUUUGCUAGUUAUAAUAAUGAGGGCAUUUAUUUGUUGUGUGUUCCAGGAAUUAGUGUAAUAUUAUUAAAAAUGGGAGGGUAAAUAUAGAACAGCACUUAAAGUGAAUCAAUAGAGAUAAAAAUUAGCAUGCAGUGAGAGUUUUAUAGAUUUGUUUUUCUGUCUCUUAGUUUUGUUCUCAUUGUGUAGAUGCGUGUCCUUUUUCCUUUUAUGUUUGUUAAGGAGUCGUGUUUUUUUUUUAAAGUACCAAAAUUGUAAUUUAUGUAAAAAAUAAAUAGUUUGUGUAAACAUG